AAUAACCCCAAUAACAACCCCGAACCGACGGAGGAGCAACCCCGCUAUCAUUUCCGCAAUAGAAGACUCAUCAAUUACAGUGACGACCAAUACGAAAGAGGAGAACCUACGCGCUUCAAUACAUUCUCUGUAAGUCUUUUGCUCCACCUAAUAAGCACUUUCUGUAUUACGACCGUUUGGGCAUCAAGUAAUCUCAGUUCUCAAUACAAUGUUCAUUGUAUAGAAGGAGGCGUUCAAUUGACAGUGCUAGACGUAGCGCCCUAUGAGCUUUGUGCUGACCAAUACUGUGUUGAAUUUGGAAAUCCGUCAAAGCAGGAAACAGUGAUCUUCCCACCCCAGGCUACUGAUGACUGUAGCAUGGUGUAUCACUACUUGGGUGUUCGGCAAGAUAAACCGGCUGAAGCGCUUCGACGUAGGCAACUGGCGGAAAUAAUAGCAAUAGUAACAUUGCUAAUACCCCUCACACGAGGAUGUCAAACCGUAGACCUUUCCGAACAUUAUUCUACGAUAAGCCAUUCAGAAGGAAGGCACAAAAUACCUUCCACGGCCAUUGUAGAGCUUACGCCGAACCUCCCAAUACAGUGGAAAUCCUUUAGUCUGACACUAACCUCGUUGGCUCUUCCCCCAACUCCUUUGUUUAACACUUACUUUAUUUCCGAUGCAAUACGUACAGCUAUAUGGAAAAGAGAGUAUCAUGUUGCACUGCGAUGCCCCGACAUAAAUAGCGCACGACGUUUUGACUGCCCGGCAGUAGAUAAUUGUGUGUGUACACCAGCGGAAAACCAUGUAAAUUGCAGGUGCUCCGAAUUCUCAAUAACCGGUGGGUUCAAUAACACGAGAAAUCAGUUACCAGUGGUCUUUCCGGCACUAACCUUCUUGCCACACCCGAUCGUCGAAAGUUCAGGCAAGGGUUUUCUCAAUGGUUACUGCCGAAAUUGUCACCACGUU